CUCCAACCCACGACGCAUCGGAGCACCUUCGAUGCCCUAUCAACUUCCCACAGACCCUUCGAUUCUAAAUAGUGAUCCUCUUGGUAUUCACGAUAGCGACGACGCCCGUCAAUUUGAGGUCCUUGACACGCUCCUCGAGACGGCCAUUAUCCGCAUCACCUCAAAUACGACCGCCGUCGAUAUCAUCCCAGGCCUCGUAGAAGAUAUUGCCUACACGAUCCAUGGCAAUGGCACUCUAGACGCUUCGCACCUCCGCGACUACCUCCUCUCAAAAAACAAUGCUGACUCUGAGAGCUUUGCCUUCCUGCUGUCAACAGCACGAAGCUUGUCGGAGCACUUCCCGGACCAUACCUUGGAUACUUUGAGCAAGGACGGGGACGAAAUAGCAUGUAAUGGAGCGCAGGUGAACGCCCUUCUGGCACACCAGUUCUUGGGGACGCUUGCUCGGCCUGAAGGCACUUCGUGGGGCAUACCCUGCUUCACUGACUGGUUCGCCGGCAACCCAGCACAUCGGCAGGCUGUGGACGGCUACCUUAGCACAAUUCUUGAUCACUUUACCCAGGGAGGCUAUCCAGAGACGAUGGAGUUCACUUUCUCUAUGUAUACUGCAGACGGAAUGCCUGAUCCCUCAGCCUGCGACAAGCUCCCGAACCUCCACCUCCACGUCGUCUCAGAAGAAUCUGAGCCUUCCAUGGCCACCGGCGAACCCUUCGUCCUCGUCGCUGCAAACUCGCAGCCAGGACCCGGUGCCACGGCAACCCAAGAGGAACGGCUCCAGUCUGCCUCCCCCGCUCUCAGCACCUCCGCCCUUUUUACGCCAGUCUUGCCCGACCAAGCUGCCGUGGUCACCUCGGUGUUUCCCGUACAUGCAGCGUGGAAAGGGCAUAAUCGCGCUGCGCGGCUAGAACGUUUGUUUGGUGUUGAGGAGAGGCCAUGGAGGCACUACAUCCUGGCCGACGCUCUGCAGCUGGAUGACGCCGAAGAGGAACAUGACGGGCUUAAUGACCUACAACUUGGCAGAGUAGAGAGGGAGGCCAGGAAACUCUUUGCGGCAUUUAUAGGUGUUAGGAAGAUGCAGGACCGUUCAUCAGCAGCAAACAACACUUGCGUUGUUGAGGCUGGGGCAUGGGGAUGCGGUGCAUUCGGGGGCAAUGUGCUUAUCAAGACUGUCUGCAUGAUGAUUGCAUCCGCUAUCACUGGUGUCGAGGUGCAUCUUACACUUCUAGAACAAAGGGAUGUGGACAUCGACGCCAUCACCGCGCUUUUGGGGAGUAAUUUUACGGCGAGAGAACUCUGGAAGCGCAUUUCGAGCCCCGAUGUGCGGAGCUGCAGGACGAUAAAUGACUUUAUGCAUCAUCUUGGCCUUGAAUGAAGUGCCAUGUACGGAACUAGCUACUUCAUUCAACUUCUAGAAGAGAGCAUCAUCUACUCCAACAAACUCACUAUCUCCUUG